CCAGAAUGCAUCACUCAUCCUCAGCAUCCGCUAUGUGCGGACGUUGCCGGGAGACCGUUUCUUCACCACAUCAGCUGUUGUCAUGGCAGAGGUUCUUAAAGUCCUUACAAGUCUGGUUAUCAUCUUGAUGCAGAAGAGAGGGACAAUCCCCCCGGAGCAACCUGAAGUUAAGUGCCUUUCUCAAGGACUCAAUGGUGGUGGCUGUGGGGAUCAAACCAACGACCUUCUGAUUGCCAGUUAAGUGCUUUAGUCCACUAUGCCACCAGCACUCCAUAUCACAGCAAGAUCCUCCAUGGCAGCAACAACCUUCGUCAGCAUCACAAACAUGUUGGACAGUUGGCGUUGAAUCACUCCCGCCGCACCUUUCUAAUCGAGUCCCUGGUCUGCAGGCCCAUCAGAGGUUUCUGCUUGAGCACAUAAGUGUCUUUUAAUGUCUCCAGACCCCGAGGAUUUGGACUUCUUUGCCAUGUUUACUUCAAAGAACAAAUUUGUAACAUGGUGUAUCGAAUCUCACCGGAUUAUAACAUGUAAUGUGAAGGACUUUGUAACAUUGCUGUAUGACUCUAUAGUCAUACAGUAUUCAGACACCCUUAAGUUAGCAGUGCCAUCCCUCAUCUACACAUUACAAAACAACCUGCAGUAUGUGGCCAUUUCCAAUUUACCUGCAGCCACUUUCCAGGUCACAUAUCAGCUGAAGAUCUUGACCACAGCGUUGUUUUCAGUUCUCAUGUUGCGGAAGAGUCUCUCUAAAGUCCAAUGGAUCUCUCUAGUGCUGCUCUUCGCCGGUGUGGCGAUCGUCCAAAUGGAACAAGAGGGCGGAAAGCAGAAAGAGGCUUUGACCAGCACUAACCAGAGCUAUGUCAAAGGCUUGGCGUCGGUGGUGGUGUCCUGUUUGUCGUCUGGGUUUGCCGGCGUUUACUUCGAGAAGAUCUUGAAGGGCAGCUCUGCCUCGGUGUGGAUGAGGAACGUGCAGCUCGGGAUCUUCGGGACUCUUUUGGGUCUUCUCGGCCUUUGGUGGAACGAUGGAGAUGUCAUUGUCGAAAAAGGCUUCCUGUUUGGCUACACGCCCAUGGUGUGGGGCGUCAUCUUCAACCAAGCGUUUGGUGGCCUCCUGGUGGCCGUGGUUGUGAAAUACGCAGACAAUAUUCUCAAAGGAUUCGCUACUUCUUUUUCCAUCAUUGUAUCUACCGUCACGUCUGUCUACCUCUUUGGUUUCCACGUGGACUUGAUCUUCACGCUGGGCGCAGGACUGGUCAUAGGCGCCGUCUACAUGUACAGUCUCCCCAAACCAAACACCAGCACUUCCAGUACCAAUACAUCCUCGUCAGGCCACAGCAAAGGAGGAGACUCAGAGAUGGAUGCUUUUCUCCCAAAUCCCAAGACCCCUGGAAAGAAGAAAGGAAACUGAAAUUAGAAACAUUUACAUGAGAAGCCAUGAGGAGAACAUACUGAACCUGAAAUUCACACACUCCUGUCCCAAUUCCAAAGGAAAAUAUGCAGGGUUAUAUUUCAAAUGCCUUAAUUAUGCUGACAGUUUUAAACUCUGUUUUACAACUGGUACUUAGUAUUAAAAAUGUCAUAUUUAUACCUAUACCUCAUUAAUGUUUUGCAUUUCAUAUUAUGAUUGACUGAAGUUAUGAUACUAAUGUACGUUGUAGAUAACUUUAUAGUAUUUUGUUUGCCAGAAUUGGAAAAGUAAAAGAAAGUAUACGUCUAUUGUUCAGUGGCCUUAUCAAGCUAAACUCAAAAGGUGCUGCCUUAUUGUGAAAUAGUUUUCUUGCCUUUUCUUCAUUCAUUUUGUCUAAUUAGUUGUAUUCUUUCAUUUAUUCUUGUGGGAUUGACAUGUGAUUUUUCCAUGUUAAUUCCUCAUUGGUGCUUUUCUCUUUUAUACAUAUCAACUGUAUUAUGUUAAACAGAAUUUAAAUAGAAACAGACAUAUUUUUAAAGAAUAUUUUUAUUUCAGAAUUCAACUGUUUUAUCUAUAUUGCAUUUAUAUUAGAUGAGCAGCGCCCUUAUGCAUUUUUUUAAAAAUAUAAAUAAAUAUCACGUGAAAGAAUGUGUGUUUUCAAUGGACAAAAUAAAGGCAGUUUGCCUCGUUGACGUGUCAAUGUUAAAAAAAAGAAUUUUAUUAUUAUUUAUUUAUUUGAUUUUUUUGCUUUGCAUUUAACAAUUGUUCUUCUGUUUCGCUCUUUUCACAAACACAUUUUAUUGUUUGUGUGUGCUUGCAAUAUGAAUGUUCUUUGAAUAUCAAUGAAUGCUUUACUAUUUGAAUCCACAAACUGUUCGUUAGUAUCAUAUAAUCUUUAGUUGAAUUUUUGUCACAUACUUUUAUUUUAUUUAUUUUUUAUUUAGGAGACUUUUACACUAGCAUGACGCUUUCCCCAUUCACCAAAGUUCUCUAGCAAGUCAGUCCACUGUCGCCCAUCUUUGGAACGCUCCAGGGAAUCUAUUUCCAGUCAUGCCAGUUCAGCUCCUAUCUACUUUAAUGGGGGAACACCGAAAUCUCAAAACCUGUUUGCCAAGCUUACGUUUAAACAACAUAUUUCAAUGAGGCUAA